AUGGUCCGAGGUUCGAAUCUCCUCCCCAAACAACUUCGCUCUCUGGGCAAAAGUGACGGCUGGCUGAAUCGCACGGUUACCUCCAAUCUUCUGGCCAUUUCGAGUCUGGCAUGUGCGCAUCCCAUUCACACGGUCGUUGCAAUUGCUUUGUUCGCAAGCACCUCCUACGUGGGCCUGUUGCAAGAGAGCUUAUUCGACAGCGGGCUCAAAUCUCUCCAGCACAACGGAAAGGUGGAUGUGGAGGCCCUCCUGCAAGGAAGCAGGACAUUGGAGCUGUCGGAGAAGACUGCAUGGAAAUGGCAGUUCCCAGAAGACUCCAGUAUCCCCCGGGUCUCGCUGGGUCCCCACCACUAUGCGAUCUCAACCUUUGUCUUCCCAGACUCUUCCUCGAAUCAGCUGGCACCUGAAGUCAGUGCCGUUUCCAUUCCGGCUAAUGUGACGGCCACCAACAUCCCGACUACCUCGAACCUGCUCUCGCCCAUAUCCCACGACACCUCGCUCGCCUUCUACACAUCCUUCUCCGAACUCCCCGACUUCCUGAGAGCCGCACAAGAGCUUCCGGUGCAACAGGCAAAGUCGGGGGAACAAAGACAACCUUCAUGGUUCAUGAAAGCUGCUCGCCUGAGUGGCAAUGGAGCGCGUGGGGCCUACACAACGUGGUUCCGGGAAGGAUGGACGUCUUUUGUCGAUUUGCUCAAGCAUGCUGAAACGCUGGACAUCAUCAUAAUGUCUCUCGGUUACCUGUCGAUGCAUCUCACCUUUCUCUCGCUGUUCGUCUCCAUGAAACGUCUCGGUUCCAAUGCUUGGCUGGCGGUAUCAGUGCUCUUCUCGAGCCUGUUUGCCUUCUUAUUUGGACUGGUAACUACAACAAAACUUGGUGUUCCGGUCAACAUGGUCUUGCUGUCGGAAGGGCUGCCUUUUCUCGUGGUUACAGUGGGCUUUGAGAAGUCAAUCAUUCUCACAAAAGCUGUUCUGUCCGCCUCAUACGAUAAGAACUGGCGAAGCUUGGAGAACGGCUCUGCUAGUGGCAGUGUUAAUGGUCCAGUGGUCGCUCCUAACUCGCCCAGCUCCAUCCAAGACGCGAUCCAGAUUGCGGUCAGGGAGACCGGAUUUGAGAUUGUGCGAGACUACACUAUUGAAAUCGCCAUUCUUAUUCUGGGCGCGGCCUCAGGCAUUCAAGGGGGUCUACGACAAUUCUGUUUUCUAGCGGCAUGGAUCUUGGUGUUUGACUGUCUCCUCCUCUUCACUUUCUACGCGACCAUCCUUUGCAUCAAACUCGAGAUCAAUCGCAUCAAACGCCAUGUCGCUCUACGCAAAGCUCUCGAAGAGGAUGGCAUCAACCACCGUGUUGCCGAAGACGUUGCCACGAACAACGACUGGCCCGCUGGACAGUCCGGUCAAGCAGCAGGGUUCAACAUCUUCGGCCAGAAGAUCAAAGCCAACAGUGUGCCCAAAUUCAAGAUCUGGAUGGUCACUGGUUUUGUCAUUAUCAACCUGGUCAACCUCUGCACAAUCCCAUUCCGGACAGCCAAAACAACAGGUGCCGCCAUGCCAAGCGUCCUGACUCCUGCACCCAUUGAUCCCUUCAAGGUCGCAGAAAAUGGCCUGGAUGCCAUUUAUGUGACAGCUAAGAGUCAGAAGCAAGAGACCUAUGUUACCGUGCUUCCUCCCAUCAAGUACGAGCUCGACUAUCCCCACCUUCCCCGUGCGGACACAACAGACGACCUCGGCUUCUUCGAUACGGACUAUACUGACCAGCUGCUGAACGUUGUGGGCGGCCGUGUAAUCGAAGGCGUUUUGAGUAGCCUGGAAGACCCUGUUCUCAGCAAAUGGGUUUUGAUUGCUCUUACUCUGAGUCUAAUACUAAACGGCUACCUUUUCAACGCCGCACGUUGGAGCUUGAAAGAGCCACAAUCCGCCACUAGUUCACCAGCCGCACAAAGGGCACCUGAGCUUGAGCUGCCCGUGACACCGAGACCUCGACGAACCACUCUCACGGCGCCAGUUCACUCUGAGAGGUCGCCGGUAGAACGGGAGCAGAUGCUCAAAGAAAAGAAGGCCGCGUAUUUGACCGAUGAGGAACUGAUCGACUUGUCGCUGAAGGGUAAGAUCCCCGGUUAUGCGAUCGAGAAGACCUUGGAGAACCCGGAAGUCAUGAGCCGGCGAGAAGCAUUUGUGCGAGCGGUGAAGGUUCGAAGAGCAGUUGUGUCACGCACCCCGGCAACAAAACAUGUGGCAGCUGGUUUGGAAAUCUCGAAAGCUCCAUACAAGGACUACAACUACGAGCUCGUGCAUGGCGCCUGCUGUGAGAAUGUGAUCGGCUACCUGCCUCUUCCCCUCGGCGUUGCUGGACCUAUCAUAAUCGACGGCCUUCAAUAUUUCUUGCCAAUGGCCACGACCGAGGGAGUGUUGGUAGCUAGCACCAGCCGUGGUUGCAAAGCCAUCAAUGCUGGUGGGGGUGCAGUUACCGUUGUUACUGGUGAUGGAAUGACCAGGGGACCGUGCGUCGGUUUUCCUACGCUCGUCAGAGCCGGCGAAGCAAAAGUGUGGCUCGACUCCGACGAAGGCCAGCAGAGGAUGCGUGAAGCAUUUAACUCUACCAGCCGAUUUGCUCGACUGCAGUCGAUGAAGACGGCCAUGGCGGGGACGUAUCUCUACAUUCGAUUCAAGACGACGACAGGUGACGCUAUGGGUAUGAAUAUGAUCUCGAAGGGAGUAGAGAAAGCUUUGUCUGUGAUGGCAACCGAGUGUGGCUUUGAGGACAUGUCGACAAUUACCAUAUCAGGCAACUACUGCACCGACAAAAAGCCAGCGGCGGUGAAUUGGAUUGAUGGCCGAGGGAAAGCCGUGGUUGCUGAGGCCGUCAUUCCAGGAGACGUGGUUCGCAAUGUUCUGAAGAGCGACGUGGACGCACUCGUCGAACUCAAUGUGUCCAAGAACCUGAUCGGCAGUGCGAUGGCCGGGAGCAUAGGAGGUUUCAACGCUCACGCCUCGAAUAUUGUCACGGCAAUCUUCCUGGCCACGGGCCAGGAUCCGGCGCAAAACGUGGAGAGCUCUAACUGCAUUACCAUCAUGAAGAACCUCAACGGAAACCUCCAAAUCAGUGUGUCGAUGCCGUCAAUCGAGGUUGGCACCAUUGGCGGAGGCACCAUCUUGGAAGCCCAAUCAUCGAUGCUGGAGAUGCUCGGAGUGCGAGGAUCACACCCGACAAAUCCGGGCGAUAAUGCUCGAAGAUUGGCCAGGAUCGUCGCAGCAGGCGUGCUUGCAGGCGAGUUGAGUCUCUGCAGUGCUCUUGCAGCAGGUCAUCUGGUAAAAGCACACAUGGCACACAAUCGAAGCGCGGUGCCUACUCGGGCCACAACGCCCGUCUCAGCAGCGGUCGAGCCCUUCCUUCGAGCACAGACCGGACCAUCAAUACCGUCUUCCCUCAAAAUGACGACCGGCAAAUGA